CUGUCGUUCACUAGUACGAAGCACCGUGUACAUGUGUGUGAUGUAUGGCUGUGCGUGCUUGCGCGUGUUUGUGUAUGCGUGCGUCCUGGAAACCAUUUGACCAGUGUAGACAAUCUAGGACUCAUUUCCGGUGCAUUAAGCAGCAAGCACUUGUGUGGCCUACAGAGUAGGAAUAAACAAGACAAGGCAAAGGAAUAAACACUCGAGGCGCAGUCGCCUUGCACAGACCACAAGCCUCGCGCUGUAGAUGCUGCUGGUGGCUUACCUUCGGCCUUCAGUUUGUGUUGCUUUCCAUACUCACCUCCCUCUACACAAAUCGUCUCUUCAGGGUGACUCAAGCGAGCGCCAUCCAGGCUUAUAAAUUUCUGCUGGACAAGAUUUAUACUCUACCUUCACUUAAUUUGUAUAGUUUUCGUUAUCUCGAGAUUUUCGCCUUUUGCCAGAUUGUGGAGCUAGACUAAAGGAAAGGAAUUAACUGUGCUUGACUGUAAGCAGAUCACCAUGACAACUACAGAUGGCAAUGAUUUCAGAGACUCAUCUGACUUUGACAUUCUCCGUGAACUCGACACAAAGUUUGUGUACGAUCAACUCCCUAGCAUCAUGUUCGUCUGCGCCUUGCUUGUGAUGGGACUAAUCGGCAACACCUUGGCAUUUCUCGUUUACCGGAAGUUUAGCCCCAGCUCCACGAGAACGUACAUCUUGGCCAUCAGCGCUGUGGACCUAUCCACCAACCUUAUCUCCUACCCAACGUCCCUGGUGGAGAUGAGUUUUCACUACACCUUUGUGCACGCCUGGCAGUGCAGCCUCAUCCGCUUCGUCACCAGCGCGCAAAUCAUCGCUUCCGCCCUCAUACUCGUCGCUGUGGCUCUGGAUCGUCACCGGCGAGUCUGCCAAAGCCUCAAGAAGCAGCAAACCCCUACUGACGCCCUACGCGCCGUUGUCAUCUGCGCCAUCGUCGCCGGCGUCGUCAGCAUCCCGUACGGAGUGAUGACUGGUAACGCCACCUUCACCAUCCACGCCUACAACAUGACGGGGAUCAUGUGUUCCUUGGACGACCGCUACGAGGGAUCGCUGUUUCACGUGCUGUACCAGUCGCUGACCGGCGUGGGCAUGUUCACCUCCUUGGCGAUUAUGUGCGUGUCGUAUACACGAAUCGCCUGCCACGUCAGACAACACAGGAAACGCAUGGCGGCAGUCGACCAGGCCAGUGCAUGCCACUCCGCAUCGUCUGGCAACACGUACACCGUUGCUACAACUCUGUCAGGUUUUCACAAAGUGGGAGCCUCUGUUAGCGAUGAGAAAGAGUCCUCGCACAUACAAGACCAACGGUUACACUCGACCUCUUGCCCUCCAUGCGGUGGGUCAAAUCUAUCGGUUUCCGCUCACGUGGCCACGUCGGAGCAGAGCGACUUACUCCUGCAAAGCUAUCACCAGCAAGACAACAGCCCACCGAAGCCGGGGCAUCUUGAAUCACCCAACAAGUCUAUGACCCCCAGGUUACAGCUGUUUGCUUUGAAAAAACUAAAGAAGAAGAAGACAGACGGAGGUGGGCAGCACGGACAACACGGAGACAAGGCCAAGCAGAUGUCGUCUCGCACCACCCUCAUCAUGUUUCUGCUCACCGCCAUUUUCAUCGUCAGCUUUAUGCCCUACUGGGCCACGGUCAGCGUGCGUGUGGUCAUCGGCAUCGACAUCCACACCCUGCCGCUCUGGCUCUUGAAUCUCCACGCCAUUGCUGUCCAGUCCUUCUUCAUCAGCUCUUCGGUGAAUGCCUUGGUGUACGCCUGCUGCAGCGCCAAGUUCCGAGAAGAGUGCCGCCACCUUUGUUCGUGCUGGCAGAAACGACAAUAAACUGACCACAUCGCACCUACUGGUGUCUUGGAGUUGCAGCAAGCAGUACCUGUGUCACAUGUCACCAACCUAUAAACGGCAUGUUACUACUGUUUCCUUAUCCAUAACCACACUGCUUUCUUCGUACUCGUCUAUUCUCUCCUUUUCCUGGUGAUUAACCCUUACACUUCAAUCAUCUCUUACCACCAUUCCCCUAAGGCUAUAUCACACCAAGGCAGCCGGCCCUGUAAACAGAUGCCACAUGCAGAGAAAGAACAGCCCAAGAUGAGAGCCCAAGGCAGCUCACCUUCACUGUAUUGGUGACAAGCACCAACUGUCACAUCACCGGGCAUCUCUGACUACACAACAAACUUAGUGACAAUGCAAUGGACAACAAAUGAUUGCAUAAUGGUGUUCCCUCACCGAAUUUAUUGUGUUAAGCGAUGCUGUUCAAAUUCGCUUACAAUGAAACUUUAAAACCAGUUUUUCCUUUGACGACGGCCGCCCUCAAUGCUCUCUAACGACAUCAAACAAGUCAUCAGUGUCAUUUUUAUCUUUGAGCCUUGUCUAUGUUAGAAUGUUACGGAUUACCGAUUUCUAAUGCUGUUGUACUUAAUAAAUUUAAGGUUGAAUGAGAAAAAAAAAAAAAAAAAAGAUUGCGCUUCACAUUUUGGCAGAUGGACGAGACCAAAGAUGUCCGUGGGCCGUAAUUGCCCUACCCUGCCAUUAUUGUGACUGUGCUACUUACUAUUCUCCAUAACAACAAGCAGAUCCUACUUGAUACAUUUCAUCCUUAUUUUUAUUAGUGUUUUGUAAAAUGCUGUGAGUCAUUAGGGAACAAUGCUCUAACUAGUUUUCAUCAUCAUCAUCCUUGUUAAGUUACCGAUUCCUUGCAAUCACAACAAUGUGUUAGUCAAUCACACGAGAAUUUAAUCCAUGUUGUUCACUUUAUUUCUGCCUGUAUAUUUAGCCGCAAUAAAAUACAUAUUAAAGCUUAA